GCGCUGCCCAAUCGAAUGCCGGGAAUCCCCGUCUGCGGAAAGGAGGGGGCAGGAUUUCUGGUGUGGGGGGCAGGGCGGUGUGACGCGGCCAGACCAACGGCUGUAACGGCUGGGGGAGUUGCCGCUGCUGCCGCCGGUAUUAUGGCUGCCGCUGCCACCGCGUCUCCGGCUGAUAAGGAGAGAUUCAUCUGCAUUUAUCCAGCAUAUUUAAAUAACAAGAAGACAAUAGCAGAAGGAAGAAGGAUACCUAUAGACAAAGCUGUUGAAAAUCCAACAUCUACAGAAAUCCAAGAUGUGUGUGCAGCAGUUGGAUUCAAUGUGCUUGUAGAGAAAAAUAAGAUGUAUCCUAGAGAGUGGAAUCGUGAUGUGCAGUACAGGGGUAGAGUACGAAUUCAGCUCAAACAAGAUGAUGGCAACCCAUGUUUACCUCAGUUUCCAACACGUAAAUCAGUGAUGCUGUAUGCUGCAGAAACUAUUCCCAAACUGAAAACGAGAACACAAAAAAUGGGAGGUAGUGAACAAAGUCUCCAGCAAGGAGAGGGAGGCAAGAAAGGCAAAGGGAAGAAAAAGAAAUGAGCCUACAUCUGGAAUAAUCGUUACUUUAUAUAGCUGUGCUUACUACAGAUAUGGAUGGACACAUUACUGAUGGCAACCUUGAAGUGAAAGAUAAAGGGGUGGGGGGGGAGGAGAACAGGUGAAGCUGAAUAGAACAGCCUGCUUUUUCCAGAACUGGAAUGCAUGCAACUGCCUCAGCUCUGUGUUACAGUAAAUCUGUCUACCUUCACACAAAACCUGCAAGUCUAAAGCUAACAUCCAGUUCUGAAAGUGGAAGAACAUAAGCAAAUGGGGUGGGUGGGAGAAUUAUUCUUUCCAGAAGAAAUAUGCAGUGUUAUUCAGCUUUAAAAAAAAAAAAAUCGUAUGCAGACUAGAUACCAGAAAACUAAUUGCCUUAGUACACCAUUUCUCUACGCUAGUUAAGCGAUAUUCUUAAUUCUGGAUGGUCUGUACUGCAAACAGAAAAAUGUAAAUGAGUGACAUUGACUUUGUAAGCUUCCCUUGCUAAUUAUCUUUCACAACUGUCAAGUGUGCUAAUAAAGGCAACAAGUUAAUUUUGAAAAA